CUGUUUCCUUUUCCGGCCGGAGCGGUCAAGAUGGCGGCCUACAGGAGCCGGCGUUUGUUGGGCGAUGCCAAGCUCCGGCGAGCGCUUCACGGCGAGGCCUCCGCCUCCUCCUCCUCCUUGUACCCGCCGGUGGUGGCUUCCCUGACGGCGAAGAGCCAGGCGGCCAAGCUGCGGCGCCGCCAGCGCUACUACCAGGAGAUCCACGACGCGCCCUCGGCCCAGGAGAAGCUGCGCCUCUAUGGGAAGCGGCAGCGGAUGAAGUACGUGAUCUACCCGCAGACCUGGGCCCUCCACGCCGACCGCUGGUACCAGAGCUUCACCAAGACCGCCUUCGUGCCGGGGCUGCCCGAGGCCGUGCGAGGAGGCGAGGCCGCCGAGGGAGAGCCCGACCUGGCCCAGCUGCGCUCCCUCGCCUGCGACGUCCUGCUCCAGGAGUAUUACUACCAGCGGAAGCCCAGGCCCGAGCUCUUCCGCAGGAACGAGCGGGGCCCGGCGCCCUUCCUCCGCCACCUGGUGCCCGCCCUCGUCGCCCACCUCGCCGCCCGCCACCCCGCCCUCGAGGUCGGCUCCGCUAUCGAUUACCAGCCAGAAGUAAAUUUCUAUUGGAUGCGUGGUGAGACAAGGGUUCCACGUGGACAUCGGAAGGGCAGAAUAGACCCAGUGAGAUUUCAGAUUGAUGAUAAACCCAACUGUCAGAUUCGUAUAACGAAACAGCUUCCAGAGUUUGUGCCUCUGACUUAUGAGACCCCUGAGGAUAUUCCUGUUAUUAAAGUUUUACCAGAUAAACUUCCAUUGUUCAAAAGACAGUAUUACAACAAAAUAUUCAUAGGAUCGCAGAUAGCAGAUCCAUGCACCUAUGGACAUACACAAUUUCAUUUACUUCCUGAAAAACUGAAAAGAGAGAGACUUAUAGCACAGAAUUGUGCUGACCAGAUUGAAACUCCCUUCCGUGCUAAUGCAAUUGCAAGUCUUUUUGCUUGGACUGGAGCACAAGCAAUGUACCAAGGAUUCUGGAGUGAGGCCGAUGUGACCCGGCCCUUUGUAUCACAGGCUGUGAUUACUGAUGGAAGAUACUUUGCCUUCUUUUGUUACCAACUGAAUACCUUGGCUUUAACUGCUGAAGCUGAUAAAAAUAACCCAAGAAAAAAUAUCUGCUGGGGAACAGAGAGUAAACCCUUGUAUGAAGCAAUAGAAGAUAAUAACGUGAAAGGUUUUAAUGAUGAAAUUCUUCUUCAGUUGGUUAAAUUGCUCUUAAACGGACCAAAGGAUGCAUAACUUUCAUUUAAUAUGAAUCAUCGAAAGACGCUGAACAAGAUCUAAUGCUUGAAGUAAACAUUUCCUGGACUGUUGAAAGUUCAACAAUUUUUGAUCACUGUUUGGGUACAAGUCUAUUUGGGAAGACUGGGAAUUUCACAGCAGCACUGAUAGAGCUGUUAAUUGCUUUUGAUCAUGAACUUAUGUAUGUAAAUGAAGUUUCAUUGCCAUUCAAAUGAAUUUUUAAGUAUAAGAA